CCCCGAUCAGAAGCGUGCCGUCCGCAGCGCGUCUCGUGUGGCGCGGGGCCGGGGCGAGGCAAAUGUUCCCGUUGCUCUCGAGACGUGACAGCCGGACACGUACAUACUGCCAAAUCGGUGCGCCGUAGGCUCAUAUGUAAAGGCCGGAAGCCAGAGUCGUCCACCGCACGCAGACGGUACAGAGCUGGCUAAGCUAAGCUAGUAAUAAUAAGCAGAGAUGAGCAGGGUGUGCGUGACCGGAGGCGCCGGCUACAUCGGGUCCUGGCUCGUCAAGAAGCUCCUCGCCCGUGGCUGCACCGUCCACGCAACCCUGCGAAACCUCGGGGGGCUGUUGAGGGGGCUUCCCGGCGCCCCGGAACGGCUGGUGCUGUUCGAGGCCGACAUCUACGACGCGGACUCCUUCGAGCCGGCCAUCGCCGGCUGCGAGUUCGUCUUCCUCGUCGCCACCCCGCUGCAGCACAGCUCCGGCAACUCCAAGUACAAGGACACCACCGAAGCGAUCGUGGACGCGACGCGCGCCAUCCUGCAGCAAUGCGAGCGGUCCAAGACGGUGAGGCGUGUCAUCCACACGGGCUCCGUCGUGUCGGCGGCGCCGCUCCGGGAGGACGACGGCGACGGGUACAAGGAGUUCGUCGACGAAUCCUUCUGGACCCCGCUCGGCCUGCCCUACGGCCAUAGCAACGAGCAGUUGGACGCUUAUGUUUCCUCCAAGACCCUCUCUGACAAGGAGCUGCUGAAGCACAACUCCGAGGCCGAGUCCACGGCGUUCGACGUCGUCGUCCUGCUGUGCGGCCUCGUCGGAGGGGACGCCCUCGUGCCGCAUGCCCCCGACAGCAUUCAGGUCAUCCUGUCGCCGCUCACUGGCAUCGAGCCCUACCAUGGCUCCCUCAAGUUCCUGCAGGCCCUCCUCGGCUCCGUGCCGUUGGUCCACGUCGACGACGUCUGCGAAGCCCACAUCUUCUGCAUGGACUCCGCCAAAGUCGCUGCCGGCGGCGGGCGCCGGUUCCUCUGCGCCACCGCGCACCCCAACAUGCAGGACAUCGUCAAGCACUACGCGGCCAAGCACCCGGAGCUCAAGCUGCUGAUCGAAGAGGUGGUUGGAGAGGGGGUGAGAGUGCAGGCUAACACGAACAAGCUUGUGGAGCUGGGGUUCGAGUAUAAGUACGGAGCAGAGGAAGUGCUGGAUGGCAGCUUGGAGUGCGGCAAGAGGUUGGGAUCGCUGUGAUGCAUCCAUGGAUCGAUGCAGUUUGAAUGAACAAAUGUAUACUGGUUUGAUUUAAGUAUGUUAUAAAUUGGUACCAGCAGUAUUGGAGGCUCGAUGAAUCACAUUCCCUGUCUAAUUGGG